GGGCAACCGUAGGUUCGGGCGGGCUCUGACUGUGGCCCCUCGCAGCUCCACUAUCUGCGGCUGCCCAAGGACAUUAGUGACGACCACGUGAUCCUGAUGGACUGCACCGUGUCCACCGGCGCGGCAGCCAUGAUGGCUGUGCGUGUGCUCCUGGACCAUGACGUUCCGGAAGACAAGAUCUUCCUGCUGUCGCUGCUCAUGGCGGAGAUGGGUGUUCACUCGGUGGCCUACGCGUUCCCACGAGUGAGAAUCAUCACCACGGCGGUGGACAAGCGCGUCAAUGACCUGUUCCGCAUCAUCCCCGGCAUCGGUAACUUCGGUGACCGCUACUUUGGGACUGACGCGGCGCCUGACGGCAGCGACGAGGAGGAAGUGGCCUGCACGAGCUAGCGGCCGCCCUGAGCCUCGCUGCUCUUGCUGCCAGCCAGCCUCUUCCUGCCUCGCGGCCUUGCUUACAGCGAUGUCCUAACUUAUUUUAAUGAAAAAGGGUGUUACCACUGUAACUUACUCUAUACAUUUUAUAAAAUAAAGUUCGGGAAAAUGAA